ACCAUAAUUACAUGGGCGCAGACCAAGAAUACGCUGAUAGACUGGAGGCUGUGCUUCCAUUAUCUCGUCUUCAUCACCGUCUGCCUACUAUUUUCGUGUAUCUCGUAUUUUGCCCCAACUGUCGUUAAUGGACUUGAGUACGAAGGACUAUGUGCCCAGCUGUUUACAAUGCUACCCGUCGCCAAAGGCUUUGUCGGGACCAUCACCUGUUCGGUCUUUGUAG